AUGAAGGACCACUCGCGCAGCGACCUUUGUGUACUGCUGUGGAACCUCUACCAGUACUACAGUCAGUUUUACGCAGUGGUUGAGAGCCAUCUCAAGGCUCUCCGUAAACCUGUGGAGCAAAAAGUGAAGGACUUCGUGAAGAUCGCCCGCUGGAAUGACGUCAACUUCUGGUCGGUGAAGGACACAGUGAAAAAGUCGCACAGAAUGGUCCACAAGCACGUGAAGGAGUUCCAGGCGGUGCUGGCGCAGCCGGUGGCGCCGGCGCUCGUCGACCCUGACGCGUUCGAUGACGAGGCGAACCGGCAGCUGGGGCUCUGGGAUCGGGAGCAAGUGGCGCCGCUGCUGACGCCCGUCAACCCCAACCUGUACAUCGCCCGCGGCAAGGUGGCGGUGUCCGACUGCCCGUACCCGGAGCACGAGCAGCUGGCUCGGCUGCGCCUGCUGUACAUGCGCAGCCGCCGUCUUUGCCGCGGCGUCUACAGCCGCUCUCGGCUGAUGGAUGACGUCACCACGCUCAGUGACAUCACCGGCACCAUCUGCGAGACGGCUAGUGAGCUCAGCAAACUCAACGUGGACGGCGUCGAGGACAAGGACAAGCGCCGCAAGCUGGUCGGCCACAUGAAGCAGCGCAAGCGGAAGGCGGCCGUCGAGCUGUACCGCACGCUGGCCGACAUGGGCCUCUCGUAUCGGCGCGGUCUCGUCUCCUGGGAGAAGGAGUCCACCUACUGCAGCCUGCUGCAGGCGCCGCCGGUGGACGUGACGUCUGGCGACGGCCGUGUCAGCGCUGCCUGGCGGGGAUGCCUGAAGUACGAGUGCCGCGCCGUGUCACGGAUGGCGCUGCUGCGGCGCGCCCUGUUCGAGCCGCACCGCGAGCUCGGACCGCAGAACCUCGAGCGCAUGCGCGGAUACAGCGCCGACCUGAUGAUGCUGGUGGGAUCGACUCGGGUCAGCCUGGCUGCCACGGAGCAGCACGUGAGCCGGCUUUCAUCGCUGCUGGAGGAGGUGACCGGCCUCACGUGCCAGCCGCACCCCAGCCGACACGCGACCGAGCAGCGCCGCUACCGCGCCACAGAGGCGCACCUGUUGGCCAACGCUCCCUGA